CUUCACCACUUCCAAUGUCGUCGUUGCAACUUUUAACACUUCUUCUUCUCAUAUCAACUGUCUCUAUCCCCGUCGUGACUUGCAGACAAUGGUGUACGCCAAUGCCUAAUACCUCAGAUGAGCAGUUACAAGCCAACAUUGAUUUUGCUUGCAGCAACGGCGUCGAUUGUACACCGAUCCAACCCGGUGGGAAUUGUUACAACCCUAAUACUUUAUUUGACCAUGCAUCGUAUGUCAUGAACGCUUAUUAUCAUAGCCAUGGCCGUGUCGAAGAUGCGUGUAGGUUCAACCGUAGUGGUUGUUUUGUUGUUGUCGACCCAAGUAAAGACUCAUGUGUCUACUAUACUUAAAUAAAGAAAACUCUUUGCGACUGUAUUAAGAUUGUGCUAUUGAUUGUUUAUAUCUAAUAUGGAUUUUAUUUUGUGUUAUUGUAUACAGUAAUACCCAAACUAAAUUAUAAUUU